AUGAAGAGGCACAUGCUAGUGCACAAAGAUGAGCUUCAUAAGCCUCACGAGUGCCCAGAAUGUGGGGACACAUUCACUCGCCUCGAACAUUUGAAAAGUCACGAGAUGUUGCAUACAGAGGAUAAACCUCAUCAGUGUCCCGAGUGUGGGGAAACAUUCAGUCGUCUCGGAACUCUGAAGAGGCACUGGAUGGUGCAUACGGAUGACAAGGAUGACACAUCCCACGAGUGUCCCGAUUGUGGGAAAAUAUUUUCUCAGCUUGGAAACAUGAAAAUUCACAGAUUGAUACAUCGCAGUUAUAAACGUUUUGAAUGUGCUGAAUGUGGGAAAACAUUCAGGAAACAUUACAAGAUAGUAAAUCACAUGUCACUGCAUUCAUCUGAUGAAGCUCACUUACGUCCUCUGUAA